AUGAAGAACCGGAACUUCAGUAUAGAAAUAGCGGGCGAUUCGGACGACGAAGAAGAAGAUUUUUUCGGUUUUUCGGACAUCGAAGUAGAAGAGAUUGAAAGCGAGAGUGAGAGCGAUAGUGAUAGUGAGAUAAGUAGCGACGAUUUUAUUGAUAUUUUUGAAUGGAAAGAUAAUUUAAGUAGUGUAAAUGUUGAAGACUUCACUGCCGACUUUGGUCCUUGUCAUGGGUUGGGUCAAGAUGCUUCCCCUAAGGACUUUUUCAACUUGUUUUUCGGCGAUGAAUUUCUUGAUCAUGUUGUGCAUGCUACUAUUUCGUAUGCUCGUUCAAAAGGUGAUCAAAUUUUUUCGACCGACCGCGAUGAGAUGUCUCCAUUUUUUGGAUUGAACAUUUUAAUAGGCAUCAACCGCCUACCCAGAAUCAGUCUCUACUGGGAUUCAGAUAUAUUUUUGGGAAAUCCUGGCUUCAAAACUACAAUCCCUUUGAGACGGUUUUGGAUUUUGAAAAAAUAUUUUCACAUUUCGGACCCGCGGCAAGAAAACGCAACCGAUAAACUUACAAAAAUUCGGCCCCUGAUUUCAAAGCUCGAAAACGCUUUUCAAAAUGCUUAUGUACCAGGAAAAAAUAUUUCGAUUGACGAAGGUUUGGUGAAAUUCAAUGGUCGUUUAUCUUUCAAGCAAUAUAUGCCUAAAAAGCCAAACAAAUUCGGUAUUAAAGUUUGGAUGUUAGCCGAUUCGGAUACCUACUACGUGCCGCGUUUUCAAGUUUACUUAGCAUUUGUUGGAAAACAAAACUUACGCAUGCUCGACCUUGCGCCACAACAGGAAGAACUUUCCUGUCGAUUUAAAAACAUAAAACUCAAGCGAGGUGAAAUUAGAACUAGGCAAAAUGGUAAUUCGGUUUGUUUGGUUUGGCAAGAUAAGCGCUUAGUUACGAUUCUUUCGACCAAUGUCGAUCCCGAGCCCCAAGUUUUCGGCCCUUUGGAUGAGCGCACUGGAAAAACAAAAGCCGUGCCGGAAGAAGAACGAAAAAACCCGCCGUCAUAUCUGUUUACAAUAAGUAUAUGA